AUGGUGAAACUGACUGCGGAGCUGAUGGAGCCGGCGCAGUAUACCAACGCUGUGCGGGACCACGAGCUGGACCUCCGGGGGUAUAAGAUUCCUGUCAUUGAAAAUCUAGGUGCCACCUUAGACCGGUUUGAUGCUAUUGAUUUUUACAAUGAAAUCAGGAAACUGGAUGGUUUUCCUUUGUUGAGAAGACUGAAAACAUUAUUAGUGAACAACAGUAGAAUCUGCCAUAUAGGUGAGGGACUUGAUCAGACUCUACCCUGCCUGACAGAGCUCAUUCUCACCAACAACAGUCUCGUGGAACUGGGUGAUCUGGACCCCUUGGCAUCUCUCAAAUCACUGACUUACCUAAGUAUCCUAAGAAAUCCUGUAACAGAUAAGAAGCAUUACAGACUGUAUGUAAUUUGUAAAGUUCUGCAAGUCAGAGUACUGGGUUUCCAGAAGGUGAAACUGAAAGAGCGUCAGGAAGCAGAGAAAAUGUUCAAGGGCAAACGGGGUGCACAACUUGCAAAGGAUAUUGCCAGGAGAAGCAAAACUUUCAACCCAGGUGCCAGUUUGCCGACUGACAAAAAGAAAGGUGGGCCGUCUCCAGGGGAUGUAGAAGCCAUCAAGAAUGCUAUAGCAAAUGUGUCAACUCUGGCUGAAGUAGAGCGGCUGAAGGGCUUGCUGCAGUCUGGUCAGAUACCUGGCAGGGAACGCAGAUCAGGCCCCACUGAUGACGGUGAAGAGGAGAUGGAAGAAGACACGGUCACGAAUGGGUCCUGAGCAAGAUCGCC